AUGGCAGACAUUAAUAUGGAGAAUUUUGCAGUGCCCGAUUUUGUGCCAGAACGUUAUGUGAAAGAAUUAGCUAGAUCAUGUGUAGGAGGGGAGGAGCUGCAACAGCAAAAAGUGAAAAUUGAAGGUUUAGCUGAAGAAACAGCUAGUGCACUUAAGAGAAAUGUAUACGAAAACUACAUGCAGUUUAUUGAAACUGCCACCGAGAUAUCCCACCUAGAAGCUGAAAUGUAUAAACUGUCACAUUUAUUAAGUGACCAAAGAACUGUUCUCACAAAUCUCUCACAAGCGUCAAUUUUAGGAAACGAUAACACUCUAUCUCCAGAAUCUAUCGAUAAUCAUGAUUUAGAGGCCGAGAGAGCUGAGGAGGAACGUAAAAAUAAACUUAAUCUAAUUACAGAAAAAGUUGAAGGCUGUAUGAAUUUAUUAGAUAUAUCUGAUAGAAUAUUGCUUCAUGAAGGUGAUUUGUUGGAAAUUGACGCGGAGGAAAACACUGCCUUGCAAAGAAUGCAUGUCUACUUGUUUAACGAUUGCCUAAUGUUGACGUGUUGGAUUUCCAACCGUCGUGGACCCAUGAGGUACAAAUUCCUUACAAGUUAUCCCAUAAGUACCAUAGCAGUAGUCAAUGUUCGAGAUUUAGGCACUGUAAAACAAGCUUUUAAAGUCCUUGCCUUUCCUGAUACCAGAGUAUUUCAAUGUAAUAGUUUAGCAAUUAAAAAAGACUGGCUGGAUAAGUUUGAAUCUGCAAAAAAGAUGCACAUUGAAAAAGAAACAUCAAAUCAAAAGAAGAAAGAAAGCCAAGAAAAGGUAAAAGCAGAGAUGUUAGAGUCCCCUAGUCUCUCAGUUGAGGAAUUGCCAUCACCACAAAUAGCGACAUUACCAGAUUGGCUGGCAGAUGUAAUAGAGGAGUUAGAUGUACUUAUUGUUGAAAGACAUUUUCAAAAAACCUAUGAUCUUAUGACAUCAGCACAGAAGACAUUAACCACUGAAGACUUUAUAAAGCAUCCCCAAAGAACUGACAUUUUAAAGAAAAUUGAUCAAAAACAAAAAGCUCUGACAGAAAUUCUCUUAAAGGAAUUAGAUGUUACUCAAAAUUGGAGUCCAAGAGGUGGGCUAAGGUCUUCUCGAUAUCCUAUACAGAUACUAAAUAAGUUUAAUAUGACCAGUCAAGCCUGUGAAUUAUUCUUAGAUAUCUGUAGUCAGACAGUUAAAGCUCAUGUAAAAGGAGUCCAACUUGAAGGCUCUAUACUUAGUUAUGUAAAGCAAGUGGGUGAUGUUUUCUUUUGCUCUCUUAGUGAUGCCUUAACAGAGUUUACAAUGUUAUUUCCUAAAAAUAAAAUUAGCAGUUUUGUUGUUUGGGCUAGUUUGCAGCUUCGGAUUUUAAUGAGUCAAAUAGUCAAACAAAUUUUUACACCACAAUGUGCUUUGGAGACUUUAUUAAACUGUGUUCAGAGUUUAAGAGAUCAGUGUACCCUAUUUUGUGAAUUUGGCCUUGAUUUUAGAUUUCAAUUAAAUAGCUAUUUACGAACUCCAAUUAAAAGAGCUUUACAAGAGUAUAGGGACAAAAUUGUGGAUUCAAUGAAAGCUAAGGUGACAGAAGACAAGUGGACACCGGUUAAUAUGCAUACUAAAGCAGGUACCAACAGAUUUUUAAUUCAAAUGACAGACAUGGGAAUAAAUUUAACUAAAUAUGUGAUAAAUGAGACUUGGAUUGAUCUGUCCAGCAGCACAAUAUGGUUCACGCAGUCAGUAAUGACUGUUCAGAAUAUUGGCAUUAAAAUUGUAACAGAGGAGAUGAUGGAUGUAGUUGAUAUAUGUAUAUUUGCUAUUUUUAAUGCAAGACUGGAGUUAUCAGCGGGAAGUGACUCAAGUUACUCACAGAAAAAUUUUACAUUUUUAUUAGAAGUAUUAAUACCGCUAAUGCUUAGACUGUAUAAGGAAGAAGUUGGGUAUGAUAAUGAAACAUUGCUUGGUUUGGCUAAGGAAUAUGGUGUCAGUGUUGCACCACCAAAAAAAUCUAACAUCACAAAGUACACAAGUAACGAAUAUUUAUGA